CAGCAGCAGAUGUUGGCAAGCGCCCUGGAGACAGGCGGUUCCCAUGCAGGGCCAGGCCCUCUGUGCCCUACUGAGGCAGCCAGCUCUUCCUGGUUUGCCCAGGGACCAUCCUGCCUUGAGUAUUGAAAGUCCUGCGUGCUGGGAAUCCCUAGACAUAACCCUGGGAUCAAGACAGGCUCUGCUGCGCUGGGACUUGGGGCCCCUCCAUGAGCCAGGCCCUGAACACCAGUUCUUGUGCCUGUGUUAUCUGCUUGGUAUCGCGGCAGCCUGCGCACCUGUCAUCCCACUUCACAGAGGACACGGGGCGGGUGAUUGCCGAAAGCCACAGAACAUUUCAUGCAAAAGCAGCUCGUUGUGCAGAGUGUGCCAGGCCCCACCCACAAAUGGGGCUUGUGGGGUCCUCAGGUGGCAGAGACUGAGCGUGGGAAUGUGAGCUUCAGGCCACAGAAGCCACAAAAGGGCCAGCUGCCGGCCACCCAGUGGCUGUGCUACUUCUACAGCGCCAUCAUGCCCAGCGAGGCCCAGUGUGUCAUCUACCACGAUCUCCAGCUCUCCCUGGCCUGCAAGGUGGCCGACAAGGUGCUGGAGGGGCAGCUCCUGGAGACCAUCAGUCAGGUCUACCUGUCCCUGGGCACGGAGUGGUAAGGGCUGGCUUUGCAGUGGUAGAGGUG